AUGGGAUACAUACCACCUCCAGGAGACAAUGACGAUAACGGUAAGAAAUCAAAUAAGAAAACACAAAAUACUUCGAAACCUAUUUCGUCAGAUUCCACGCCUGACGGUACAACAAUUACAAUCAUCAACCCCAUGUCUCUAAUACCACGUAACCCAAGUUUUGGCCUCAUUUGGGGUCCACUUACUCCAGCAUCAGAUAACAGACCUGCAAUGUACACGAUGGUUGCGUUGCAAAUUGCCAUCGGUGUCCGAUUCUUUCGAUACGCACGAACUCAUCUCCGUCGACAUCCCGUACCGCAAGCCCAGUUUCACGCGCCACCGGGACUUGGUGUAAACUCAAUGAUUUCUACAACGGCUAACCAAACAUAUUCCGCUCCACCGCAACAAUUUCUACGGAGGUCCAAGGGUGACGUGUUCAAGUCCAUCUUGGCCAUUACUACAGGCUCACUUCUCAUUUUUGGCUCAGGCUUGGAGAUUGCUAGAAUGAUGCUACCCUACGAUCCUUGGUAUGAUGAAGCUCAGUUUUAUAGGAAACAGGCCGUGCGCAAUGGUGAUAAGCCCAACUUUUGGUUUGGUGCAUACCAGUAUUAUCAACCCAUGACAUACAAGGAGUGGCAUAGCAAAGUUAGUAAAUGGAUUGAUUCGGUCGAAAAGGAGAUCAAAGUAGACGAAACUACAUUUGUUAUCGACAAAGACGGGAAAGCACGUGGUGGUAUUGGGCCAGCGGGUGUAGGGUAUGUAAAUGGUGCCGGGCAGCAAAGCGGUGCAGCUUCAGCUGCAGCUGCAGUUGCAAAGCCACUAUUCCAAAUUAGAAAUAGGGCCAAGUACCAACAGAUCCAUGCUAAACUCUAUAAUGCCAAUGAGACUCGCAUGCGCGAAUUGUUAGCAAAUGAGUUAAAUGACACGAAUGUUAAUGAAUUGAACAAGGCCGAACGAUUAGACAAAAUCUUAGAGGGCAAGAGUGAUUUGGUUAAUCCAAACUUCAACAAGCCUAGUAUAUCCUUGGGCAAUCAUCCAAUGGAAUCGGAUGAUGAAUUCGAAAUGGUGUGGUUGAAUUUUGAACCUUGGGACGAAUUGAAAAUGGAAACCGAUUAUGAUAUUCGGUUGAUCCCGAGGUAUGCUUCUGUAGAAGAGCUGGAACAGGUAGAUGAAGGUGAGCUUUUUGUUGUCAAAAAAGAAGAACUUGGCGAGACAGACAAUGUCGUGAAUGAAUCUAGUUGA